GACAUUGACGUUUUUAUUAAGUUUUUUUUAUUUGAAUUUCGAAGUGGUUUUAUUUUUCGUUAACUAAAAACUUUAGAAAAUUGAUAGAAAAUAGUUUGAAAAUCAAUUAAACACGCUUAAAUCAAACGCACAUUGAAGGCACAAAUUUUUCUUUCUGAAAGAAUACCGAACUAGUGGUUUAAAAUGGCGAAAAUCGCCGAAAUACGUCUGCUUUUUGAAGCGAAAAUUAAGGACGGUAUACCCGACCCGCCGGGAUCUUUUGAUAUCCGUGAUCUGGAGAGAGUUAAGAGUGAUAAGUAUUUGUACAGAGUGUUAGAACACUCUCAGAAUAGUGUACAACAUGCAGUGGAUAUGCUAUACGAUAUUAUGGUAUGGAGAAAAAAUAUAGGAGCCAACGAAAUCACUCACGAAACUGUUAACAUUGACUACUUGAAAGAAGGGGUCUUCUUUCCUCACGGUCGUGAUAUAGAUAGCUGUUUACUAUUUAUUAUGAAAGCAAAACUUUACGUUAAAAGUCAGAAAGACAUUGAGGAGGUGAAAAAAGUAAUAAUUUAUUGGUUGGAAAGAAUCGAAAGGGAAGAGGACGGAAAAAAAAUAACUCUUUUCUUCGACAUGGACGGCUGUGGUCUAAACAACAUGGAUAUAGAGAUCAUAAUGUAUAUGGUUACGUUGUUGAAAAACUACUACCCGAAUAUGAUAAACUAUGUCAUAGUAUUUCAGUUACCGUGGAUGCUUACGGCUGGUUUUAAGAUUGUUAAGGGCAUAUUACCUGCUGCAGCUGUGGAACGACUGCGAAUGGUUAGCAAAGACAAGUUGAAAGAUCUAGUUGCUCCCGAACAGGCUUUAGUAAGCUGGGGUGGGAAGGACAACUAUGUAUUCAAAUUUGCUCCCGAAAAUCGUGUAAAUAUAGACAAGCAAUUGAAACAUGUAAGCUUCUCAGAAGAAUGCCAGACCGAAGAAAUGUUACUUUUGAAUCCAAGCAAAUUGUUAAACUUUAGGAACGAUAACGAAAUAAUUUCAGCACAGCUAACGAUAACUAACAUGGAUGAAAGCUGUGUUGCAUUUAAAAUUAGAACAACUGCACCUGAAAAAUAUAUUGUACGUCCUAGCUUGGGUACAUUGACUAGUAAAGCAUCACAAACUAUAAACAUCAUCGUUAAUUCGGGUUUUCUUUUAUCAUCCGUGGAAAAGGAUAGAUUUCUAGUUGUUUCCAUCAGAGUUCCCAAUUCUAAUAUAUCACAGAAAGAUUUGGGUGAUCUAUGGAAAAGCAGUGCCAGUCAAGCAAAUGAGUAUAGACUAAAAUGCUCAUCCAUAGAUUCAAGAGAAAAUUUAAACAAAUCAAACACAAAAAUCCGUGAUACUAAUUCUAUUGAGUACAAACUUGAUCAUUUACAGGCGAGUCACAAAAACUUGAUUAAAAAUAUGAAUAUAGUGAAAAUGUAUCAACUUUUUACACUAUUAUUGAGUUUUGUUGGUCUAAUUUUUGGAUAUUAUACAUACAAAAAUAUGUAAUAAGUGAAAACGGGUAUUGUACAUAGUUAAGUAAAUUUCUAUAAAAAUUGUUGAUUUUUCCAAAGUUUUCUAGUGAUAUUUUAUUUCUAGUACUUAAUGGUAAAAACUUGAGUAAAUCAUGAAAAAUGUAAGUAAGUUACAUAUAUUUUGUAUUGAUGAGUAAAUAAAAAUGUGCAUGCCUUGAUUAUUUAA